AUGGCAACUACAAAAGACUUCGACAACAAGCAGAUCGUAUUUUACUGUGACGGAUGCUUCAGAAAGAUCACAAACAAUGAAUUCAUCACAUGUGACACCUGUGAUUUCGACAUGUGUCUACAUUGCUUCAAAAAUCGUAUUGAAACUGAAUCACAUAACACCAAGCACAAAUAUCGCACUGUAAGCCACCUGGAUAAGGAAAUGGAGAGUGGAUGGACGAUCAUUGAGAAUCUGCUCUUUGUGAGUGGCCUCAUUUCAUUUGGAAUUGGAAACUGGUACGAUAUUUCAUUCAUGCUCCCAUCAAAGACAGAGACAGAAAUCAAAGAGCAUUUUUACAACAUGACUGGAAUAAGAAACAGAACCACUGGUGAAACAACACAGAGUCAGAUUGGGAUAAAAAGUGAACCAAAUGACGUCAAUUUGGUCAAUUAUAUGCCACUCAGAAGGGACUUUGAGGUAGAACAGUAUAACGAAUUUGAAUCUUUGCUCCAGCACACACAAUAUGAAGAUAAUGAGACAGAAAUGAUCAAACAGCUAAAGAAUCACAUCUAUUACUACACACCUGUUGUAAUAAAGCAGCGUAGUAUUUGGAAUGAAUUCGUGAUAAGCAGAGACCUGGUGAAAGUAGACGAAUUGAAUGCCAAGGACCAGACACCAUUUGGAUUCUUUGUAAGUAAGUACAAAUGGCUAGCUCAGAUACUAAGCAAGCACGAUUUCAACGUAGUUGUUAGCAACUUCUUCAAAGAAACGCGGAUGAAGGAGCAGUUGAAGCAUUUGAGUGAGAGUGAGAUCAACAAAAUGGAGAGACUUCUUAAUUUCGAUAAUGUGCUAGGAAAAGAAGAAAAGGCACUGUGCAUAAAGUUGAGAUUGGGCAUAAGUGAAUAUAUCAAGCUCAAAAGACUGGCCUUGGAGAUGUUUGCAGCAAAAAAGAUGCUAAAAGGAUGCUUUCACAGCAUAUUUAAAGAGAAAGACAGAGAUAGGGCCGACAUUCUCUACAAAUGGUUUGUCAUCAAUGGUGUUGUAAUAGAAUGA